AUGGCGGCGACACAACUGACAUUUUCCAAGUACCACGGGCUGGGCAAUGACUUCCUGCUUCUAGACAACACCCAGGGGUCCAUCACCAUCUCACCCACCCAGCGGCGUCUCAUGUGUGACCGGAGGUACGGGGUGGGAGCGGACGGGCUGAUUAUACUUGGGUCCAGCAAGGAUCACGCCUUUGUCCUCGACUAUUUCAACAGUGACGGCCAGGUGGGAUCACUGUGUGGUAACGGCUCCAGGUGUGGACUGGCCUUCGCCCUCAGUAAGGGGCUGAUCGGCCACACACGGGUGACAUUUAAGGCUUACGACGGCGUCCAUGACGGUCUGUAUUUGCCUGUGGAUGAUAAGUAUUGUGUCAGUAUGAAAGAUCGAAGAUUUGAGGACAUUGAGGAACUGGAUAGCGAAAACUACUUCGUGGAUACAGGGUCUCCCCAUCAUGUGCGUUUUGUUGAUUCACUGGACAAAUGUGACGUCAUUAAAGAAGGGAGACAACUGCGGUAUGGCAAAUACGGUGAGAUGAAUGGAGCCAACGUUAAUUUCGUUGAAGUAAAAGAUGGAGCUGUUUGUGUAAGAACGUACGAGAGGGGUGUGGAAGAUGAAACGGAGGCUUGUGGGACAGGAGCUACUGCUGUUGCUUUGGUAACGACUCUACGUCACAUCCGGUCUCAAGGUGGAUGCCAAGAUCAGCUUCAAUCGUCUUGUGACAUUGCGAUGGGUCGGGGAAUACUGACAAUAAAGUACGACAUCUGCGAAGAUGUUUUCAAAAACAUUAUGUUGAUAGGUAAAGCUGUUCAUGUAUUUGACGGUGUGUACUAUUUAUAAUAAGGUAAUAAACAUUAAAAAAUGUAACGUGUACAUACCAUCGAAAUAU